AUGGGAAAUGGUGACAGAAACUCUGUGGUGAAGCAUGUUGUUUAUGGACUGCUGACAAGAUAUGUGCGUUUCCUGCCACAAACUUACAAGGGUUUGGUGUGUCUGAGAACAGAAGUGUUUGGAGUGAAACAAAAGCCAGGUAUAUGUCAGGCAUGAUAAUAUUACAUAACCAAAGGAGGUUCAAUAUAUACAUUUAUCAUAUUGCUGGCAGUGCAUGUGGGCAAUAUGAAGCAAAUCCUGUGUUCUGAUUGGCUAUCUGAGCUCAUCUUGCUUGCUCAAGAUUGCCCUCUUUGAUCCUGUGUAAGAAAAAGUGGACUUACAAAGUUAGUAACUUUUGCAUAAUGUGAUAAAGUUGCAAAAAGAGGCAGAACAUAGUCAAAGCAGAAAAAACAAGCAACAUUUUUGGGUUUAUUAUGCUACAAACACGGUUAGCUUCCUUCCCUGGCUCUUGAAAUUAACAAGUUAUUCUUGAUUCUUAUGAAAGCAAAAUGUUUAGCUAUAUAAUAAAUCCCUUAUUGACCAAACUUGUUUAGGUAAGAUGGCUGGUUAUUGACUUGGUUACUUUUUCUAUUUUUGUGGACCUUGACUUUGUCUCUGUCAACAAAAUUAUGGAAAAAAAGAACUUGGUUGGUAUACAGCCAUCUUGACCUCACACUUGGUCAAUAACCCAUUUAUAUAUGUAGAUUUUAUAUUCUGGUAUUCUUUGAUACUUUUAGAAAAGAUUUGCUUGCUUAGCAAGUCCAUUGUUCAAAACUAAGUUUCUUUGAGAUUAUCUUUGUGGAAGGUUUUGUCAGUGCUAAGUGAAAUAUAGACAAACAAAGGCUUGACAAAUUGUAGUAUGUUGCAAUUGUUAAAUCAACUGAAUAACUAGGCAAAAGGUAGUCAUUUUAUAACAGAAGUGAGGAAGUGAUAGAAAUAGCUUUAAUCUGAAAUGGGUAAUUCAUAAGCUAUUGCAGGGUUGAACUAUAACAUGAAACUAAUUGGCACAAAUAUCUCCUAGAUGACACUAUUUGGUUCAGAGAAGUGUUGGUACAGUACAACUACACAUAAUAAAAAAAAAGGAAUGGAAGGAAAGCGAGGAAUUUGGGAAAAAAAAACUGCAUAACUCUUUUUCUUUUGUUUUAUAAUAUCUUGAGUGGAACCACUCUGUUGCAAUAGUAAGUUUUUCCUGGCCCAUGUGGUAAGAUUUUCUUCAAUAUCUGUUCACAGAGAACCUUGCCCUAGGGAAGGCUACAACUCAGUCUUCAACAUUCAACAUUACUGCUGACAAUGUUUAUGGUGUGUCUGGAAAUGCAGUGGAUGGAAAUCCUGACACUAACUUUUUAAAAGGGAGCUGUUCACAUACUCAGAAUAAUAACCCCAGUUGGUGGAGAGUGGACCUGGGUUCAGACCAUGUUGAUGUCUCUGAAGUUCAUAUAGUCAACAGGUUCUCACAGCAUGUGGUUACUGAAGACUACAAAAUAACAUUUGGUGAGUUUUGUUAUCCUUUGAUCAAAUGUAAGGUCAACCAUGCAUACAUCACGUUAUAAUCAACUGCUAAACAACAGGCCAGUUUGGAUGUUACAGGAAUUUUUGAAACCUCAGCUAAGCUGUUUUGACCUUGUUAUUAAUCAACCUAGAUGUUUUUUACUUGUCAUUGCUCAGUCAAUACAGGGCCUCAGUUUAAGAUUUUCUAGCAAGGAUCUUACCUGUGGUUUCUUGUAGAGUUCAGUUAGUACAUGUAAAUGGGACCAGAGUACUAGAAGCAGGAUACUCAAGUGUCAUCAUUUGUCUACACUGUACCUUCACAUGGGACACUAAGUUUACCUUCAGUAAUAACUUUUUUACCUGGCCACUCUGUUAAGGCUAUUAUGGCAUGUACAAAAUUAAUGUGAUUAAAUCCUUGUUUUGGUAGUUUUAAUUUCUUUUUAAUAUGCCAAAUAACAUUUCCAGGAUGUUUACUUUGUUAAAGAAUCUAUUACAAAUUGAUCAUGGUUGCCACAUGGAACCAAACUCUACUGUCUAGUAAUUCUGACUUUCAGUGCCUCAUAAUCUGCAGGUAGCUCUCCUAAUGUUGUAGGCAACACCCCCUGUGGAGGACUCUAUGAUUUUCAUAACUUCACUGUAUCAGCUGUUUGUUUUACCAAACCACUGAAAACUGGUAGAUAUGUAGGGAUUUUAACCACAAAGAUACAAAGUCUUCAGCUGUGUGAGGUAGAAGUCUAUUCACGAGGUAACUUUUCACUUACUCUUUAUACUAAACUUAAUGUAGAAGUGAAGUCACUUUUCCUCUUUUAAAAAUUGACUCAUCCAAGACUUUUUUAUAUACACAUUAAUUUAGGUUGAGUAUACUUAUGUUUGCAUGUUUAAUGUACAAACUGUAUUUACCAUUAUGAUAAUUACUACAGCCAAAAGUCAUAUUGAAUUUUAAGUAGCACAAAAGCCUUGAAAAGUACACCUGAUUUUAUGAUGAUAUUGAUAAAUCAAGUGCCCCUGGAAUAUGUUCUUGCUGAGUGGAUAAAUCGAUACUCUUGUUUAAUCUCACAGAAACCCUUUAACCAUAAAGAUCUUAGAAAAGUUUUGUUGGGAAUUAUUUUAUAGUCAUGCUUGUAAGAAUUGUCUUUUGAUAAGUAAUUUAAAUAUAGGUUUAUUUGCUAUUUGAAUAUAUAUAUAUUAGAACACUUUUCCUUGAUAUUUAGGUCUUAAAAUUUACCUUUGGUCUGUUGCCUUAAUAAGUGUCUAAGAAUAGUACAAUUUGUCUUCCAGUAUGUCAGCAAUUUUAAGUCUUCAAUCAAUCAAUCAAUCAAUCAAGCAAUAUAAGUAUGUCUCUCUAUUAAUUUACCAGUUAGGGAUGACCAGUAGAAUUUAUAUAGUAGUACACUGUAGCUUAAGAAUGGAGUAAAAUGCUAUAAUUACAAUGGAGAUAUAUUUUCAAUUUCAAAAUUUACACAUACACCUGUACAUUAUUUUUUUUUUCUUAUAUCAAAGUUAUUGCAGUUUGGUGUCCUUUGCUUUCCAGCUUUUUGGCAAAGGCUGGUACAUCUGUAGGCUGCCCAAAAUGUAAUAUCUACCAUCUACCAGUUUUUUAAAAAUACCCUUUGUUUUAAUUUUUCUAUAUAAUGUACAGUGUAACAAACAUAUUCAGUACAACUCAAUGCAACUGUCAUUCUAUGAUCAGUAUGUGGACAGCGAUCACCUUCGUCCAGGGAAACUUUUCUUUUUUUUGUCAAUACGACUUCAACAUGGACAAAGCGUGUAAUUCAUUAAGGAUUCCGGUUUUAAUUGACACAUGUGCAAUGAGGUGCUAGAAUUACCUAGGGACACUGGACACCACCAAGUAUCCUAGCGACCGAUUGCAGAUUCAGCAAAACAAGUUGACCGGCUUUAUCGAUCACACACCUGUCUUGAUCACAUGAGCUAAACGCAUGGUUAAAUAAAAACAUGAUGGCACUUCCACAAACUGUGGGCUUCAAAGCUGAAGCAGUCAAUAAAGAAAGAGUUUGGUGUGCGUGCACUGUUGAAGAAGUAGACAAUGUUUACGUGAUCAUUUCCUUUGAUGGCUGGAAUGCAGAAUGGAAUGGCUGUGUCUGUGAUCCACGAGAGAUCAGGGAUUGAACAUUGCCUGAUCAGAAAAGCAAGGGAAGAAACCUUUCCCUUCAGUGAACAAUGUCUUUGCUCUAAGAAAACUGACUUUUACUUUUAAAUAUCACCCAAAAUUAUGUAAACAAAAAGCUCAAAUUACAGUUCUCCUCAAUUUUAGGCAUGAAUUCGCAUAAUCUUUCAUGGACGAAAUCUUUAUGACUUUCAAAGAUCAAAACCAUUUUCUAAACUACAUCUGCUUUAUCUUUAUCUUUAUCCACUUAGCAAACAAAGCUUUCCAAAUUACAUUCAAAACACCAGACAUAGUUCACUUUGAAUUUUUCGAUCUAUCCUAGUUUCUCAGACUGCAUCCAAAAAGGUUUUAUUACACAGCUUCCAUCUAAGACUCCCAGUGGAACAUGACGUAAAAUACAUCACAUGUUACUGGGUAACAGUGCUCAUACAUAUGCACGAACCCCACUCAAGUGGGGUUUGCAGAAUUACACACUUUGUCCAUGUUGAAGUCAUCAUGGUGUGUACAUUUUCUCCUAGAAAAUCUGGCAUUUCAAAAACCAACAUAUCAGCACAUAAGGACAUUAGCAGGCGGCACAAGUGAUAGAGCAGUUGAUGGAAAUAGCAAUAUGAACUUUGCAGGUGAAUCAUGUUCAUUUGUGCAAGACGAUCCAUUUCCAUGGUGGAGAGUGGAUCUAGGACAAGAUGAGUUUGUGACUGAAGUGUAUGUAGUUAGUUUACUUGAUAGAGAUCGUCUGAGGAAAUUUGAGAUCAGAGUUGGUAGGUUAAUACACUUGCAGUAAUGGUUAUUUUUGAAGUGGUCAAUGCACUCUUAGCUUAAUGUCCUCAAGAAAAGAGGGGAAAAUGGUGUGCUAUGGUUUCCAGCUUCGACAAAAGCUGGAUUGGACCAGGUUGGAUCAUGGUCAUGAUCAGGGAUCAGAUCAUGGGUUGCAUCAUAGACCAAACAAAAAAGUUUUCAAAAAAUUAGACAAAAAAAAAAAAAAAAUAUAUAUAUAUAUAUAUAUAUAAAUGUGGGGGUAGAGUCUAUCUUGGUCUAUCUCUUUCUAAAGUGCUCAAUGCUGUGGCAGCAGAGCUAAGUAUACAUAUGUUAAAGAACUAAAGAGGACGCAUCAAUUCUCUGUAUGAAUCAAUGCAACCUCUUUAAUUUUUUAACUUAUGUAUAUAUAUAUAUAUAUAUAACUGUUUUUGAAAUAAGAAAUAAAAAUAAGAUUGAAAAACUAAAACAUGUUAAUUUAAAUUAGAAAUGUUGCAUGACAAGCCAAAAUGAAAUCUGUGUGACAUAAAAAAUUGCUUUACAUAAAUUGCACUCAUGCAUUUCAGCUGUCAUAUUUAAACCAUUCUUACUCCUCACCAAGCCUCUUCUCUUGUGUGUGGUUAGUAAUAUUGAAUGUGAGAUGAUAUUAAAAAAAGUUAGUUGAAUGCAAGAAGAUUUCAUUUUCAAUAUGAUUUACAAAAUAUGGUAAAAUACUUCUCCAGGAAACUAAAGUGCUCGUUUAUGCUUUGGUCAUGGUGAUAUAAACAAGUGCUAAUAAACUUUGCAGCACAUGAUGACAUUUUGCUCUGCAGUUUUUUUAAUUCCCUGUGUUUUCAAUACAUUCUCAGAAAUAAUAGAUUGGGAAAUUUCUAUCCGUUUGAAUGUUACUUCUUUGAGUAGAAAAGAUGAAAAAUCUGAUUUUUGCCCUUGCAAAUGGGGAGUCAACUCAUACACAUAUAAAUACAGUAAUAAUGGACUGUUGAAAUGAUUCAUACCUCUUGCUUGCCUUUGUCCAUGGUGGCACUACACAAAACUCCUUGACACAGUUGUGAAAGUGACUACAUGGAGUUUUGGGGCAAAAAAGCUUCCAGUGGGGCCUACAUAUGCUCCAUUAUGUCACUCAGACUUUUACUUUGAGGUAAUUUGGUUUUAUUAAUGAGUUGAUAAAGUAAAUUGGCCUCUGUUAAGAUUUCAGAAGCUGAUGUUUCAAGUGUUAGCCCUUUGUCAGAGAGAAUCAUUCCUUUGUCAUUCACUCUGACAAAGGGUUAACACUCAAAAUGUCAUCUUUUAAAAUCUAAACGGGGACCAAUUUAUUUACAUUAUCAACUCUUAUAUUUUGUUUAUUAUUAAUUUUUCAAAACUCUUUUUUCUGAUCCAUGAUCCAAUCUGAUCUGGUCCUGGUUUUGCCAACGCUGCUGUGGUUUCCACAUUCUUGUCAACCCUCAGCCAGAGCUAUUUCUGUAUGAACAUGCAUCAUAUAAUUGCUGUUAGGUUUAGAUAUUGGUAUUUUGAUUUGACAGUUGUACACAUAGAUACCCUUACACGGUUGUGCUCUGCUGGUUCCUGUUUACCAAAAGGAACUGAGUUUUAGCUUCAGGCAACUGGAAAACAUUGCCAUUUUGCUGAGUGGGUUGGCUGGCUGUGCUCUUUUUACUCUCUUUUCAAGUUGGAUGCAUGAUUAUGCUCAUUGGCUAAAAUCAUGGCUGCUGCCAAAUGACAGAAGGGAAGAAUCUUCAUAAUUUGAAGGAACAGGAGCAGUUUUGAUAGUUAAGGGGCUACAUUGAAAUUUUUAGUGUGAGCUCUGUCUUGAUGAUGUGUAAAAUAACUGCCAGACAAUCACAAGUAUUGGCAGGGACUAGCUUAUUGCAAAUAAUAAUACUAAUAGCAGUAACUGUUUCUGGUAAUUGGCUUGUAUUACUGAGCAUCAUGCCCUUGCUAUGCAUAACUUUUGAGUCAGUCUAGCCUACACACUAGAAAAAGGGCAGCUUUUAUUAAGGUAAAGGCUCACUAGGGAGGUAAAUCUUGCUUGUUUUGAAAGUGGAUAUCUCUGUUUGAUCAGUAUAUGUCUUAUUUUACAGUCAUCUCUUUUAAGUUGUUUGUACUUUUUGACAGUGAUUUAUUAUUACGGUAUUCUUUCAGGCACAGUAUCAAGUAUUAAUGAUACUAGUAUGACUAGUCCCAAAUGUGGUAGGGCAGUUACUCAUAACCUUCGUCCAGGAGAAGGUUUGUCAUUCUUCUGCCAUCCUAGUUUGAAAGGAAGAUAUGUCACCAUCAGGGAUGUUAGGCCAGGUCUAUCAGGAUUCAAUCUUUGUGAAGUUGAAGUGUAUUCAGAACAAAGAGGUAUGGCAUAUCUGGAUAUUUUGAAGAACUACUCUUAACUGCCACUUUAUUCAGCUGAGGUUCCAAUCUGCAUUCUCAGGAAAAUUUGGCGUUUAAUUUCUGUAUGUAGACAUGUAGGUACUUCAACAUUGUUAAAUAAAUGUAAAGUUGUGUGUAGCAGAUAAGUAUGAUUAAGUUUGGUUUAACAGUCAAUAUACAUACAUGUACAUGUAUAAAUGUAUGUCAUGACCUAUUUAAACAUAAAUGUUAAAAAUUAAAAAUGUGGCCCACCUUAAAACUUUUAUUAUUAACCUGUAAAUCAAUUGGUGUUUUUAUCUUCAAUUAGAGGCUAAAAGGUGAUAAAGCUAAUUUAUUUUUCAUUUUUCAUUUUUUGAGCCUUGAGUUUGCACUCAACAACAACAACAGGUCUUUACACAAAUACCUCAAAUCACUGGUAAAAUAGUUGAGGCAUGUUUAUAUGUUGCAGUACACUUGUGAUUGUUACUGUACAUGUAUGAUAUACCAAUACUGAUUCUCUGGGUUGAAACCACUGUUUAUGGUAAUUAUGAUUGUCUUUAAACAGCAUGUCACAGUCAGGCCAUUGGUGUGACCAGCAGUGAUGCAAUUCCAGAUGACAGCUUCUCAGCCUCAUCAUCUUUUAGUAAUGCCCGCCAACCUUGGGUUGGUCGUCUGAAUCUAAAUAGCUGGGGUUGGUUAGCAAUGACUAACACCAAUCCUGCUGAUUACCUUCAAAUUGACCUGCUCUAUGAUUAUGUCAUCUGUGCUGUAGCUACCCAAGGAGCUGUUGGUGCUGAUCAUUGGGUAACAAAGUACAAGAUUCAGUUAUCAUUAAAUGAUACCACCUUUUACAUUUAUAGAGAAAACAACGCUGAGAAGGUCAGUUUGAUCUAAUUGAAAUAUCAUGCUUAACUUGGUUGAAUUUUUUCAUAUAUUUUUUUCUUGUAGUUACAUAGAAAUACACUUAGUUGUGCCUAAUUUUAUGUAAAACAGAAGAAUGGAUAAUUAUGUAAGAGCAUUUUGGUAUGUGUAAAUUUGAAUCAGUUUUAUUACCAGGUUAAGUGUUGGUGGAAAUGAAUGAAAGAACUGAAAUGAGCUUCAUAGGUCAGGUCUCUCAGGCUUUAAAAUGCUUAUUUUUGAGGGCGUAAUGUAGACCAGUAUAUGAUAACCUACUAACAUGGAAUGUUGAUAUGGCUUACAGUUUGAUAUGAAGUGACUCAUUUCGCUUGAUCAAAUGAUUUAAAACUGUUUCUGUUAGAAUUACAGCUGUAGAUUAUCCUCUUUCAUCAGUGUUUCUGUGAUGGUGUUAGCUACAAUUUUUAUUGGUUGGAUGUAGGCUUGUUGAUAAUUCAAAGCCAAGGAAAACUGUUGUCACUGGUGCACAAAAAGUUCAAAUUUUCAUGUGAAGUGAAUAAACUUGUCAGUGUCUAUUAUUGUUGGCUUGCUUUUGCAAACAGCAUCAUUUAUUAGUUUUGUGUAAUCUUUUGAUAUUUUAGGUCUUCAGUGGAAACUCUGGGAGAAAUGACAUAGUAAAACAUGGUCUGAGGGAGUAUGCUUUGGCAAGGUUCAUCCGUUUUGUGCCAAUAGAGUAUCAUGAUUAUAAGGCAUUGAGAGUGGAAGUUUAUGGAGUUCUCUUAUCUACAGGUACUAAUUCUAUUUUCUCUGUGCCAUAUCAUUGAAAUCCUACAAGUGUUGCAAAAGGUGGAUGACUUACCUUACUUAAAAAUGUUGUAUAUAAUCACAUAGCCUACUGAUAUCAUGCUGUAGAAAAUAUAGCCAAUCAGAUGGAAUUCAGGAAUUCAAUGUAUAUUUGAUGGUAUUGCACCCACUCCUCUUAUUGUGUGCUGUGAUCUUAUUCCUGCCAAAACCAAGCAUUUGAUACCAUUUCUAGUGUAUUUCGAGUACUGUUUAAGCCAUUCUUCCCUCAACAUUAAUGUUCAGGUAAUGACAAAAAACAAGUGACUUGUGGGAUAUUCCAUGGUAUACCACUCAGCAUUGCAUAACUGGUGUAUAUUUGAGUGAUAUAUGUAUAUGUUCUGUGUAUAUAAUCAAAUUUAUAAGUUAUUCCUUAAUUUAAGGAAUUCAGAUUAGCAUUUAGUCACAUCUUUAAUGGCACUCAUUUAAUCCAUCAGGGAUUCAUAUAGUCACUGAGGUUCACUUCGUGUCAGACUCGAAAGAGCUUGAAAUUCUGACUUGCAAACUUUUAGGGAGGACACAACCACUGUGAUACUACAGAAAUAACUCUUCAUCAUUAUUAACAACUUUCAUCUUUGUUAAUCAAUUCAGUUCCUUUAUAGGCACAUGAACAUUGUGAAACUGUAUAAUUAAAAUACCAUAUAAUCAUUUUAUUCAACACUCCAGUUCCAUCACAAGCUCCAGGCAACUUCACUGUGACUGCUACGUCAUCUACUAGUAUAAGAGCAUCAUGGACAUCACUGCCAGAAUAUGCCAGACAUGGAACAAUAACAGGUUAUAAGGUGUUUUACAGACAGAAGGGUUCAGCAAACAAUUCAGUCGUGGAGUCUGUUAUUGGAACAGGAAUUUUAACUAAAGAUUUUGCUAAUCUUAACAAGUAUACCAAAUAUGAAUUUCAAGUGUUGGCCAUGGGAUCUCAUGGUGAGGGACCAAAAAGUCCUGUAAUGGUUGGGCAGACACUGGAAGAUGGUAAGAAGGCUAAAACUAAAUAGUGUAGGUUGUAAGAAACAUUUUUUCCAAAAAAACACUUAGCUUUUUGUCAUGAGACUGGAACAUACUUCAUGUGUACAUCUUGCCAGGUUUAUUGUAUUGAUAUUGUGCAUGAUAUUGUCAGAGUUAAGCUAUUAUAAUUAUUAAGAGUUAACUGCCCUCUGCAUUUUAAGUGAACAGGUAAAAGUGCAUCAUCUAAUUUGUACAUUUUUUCUCUGAAAGAUCAAGUUUAUUUCAGUACAGUUUAAAUAAUAACCUUCAUCUUCCAUUUCUUUACUACUUUAGCACCAAGUAUUCCUUCAACUCUUUCUCACUCUGAGAUAAAACCAGAUAAACAAGUUGGUCCAAAGUUAAAGCUCACCUGGCAUAAGCCAGCAGAAGAAAAUGGAAUUAUCAGGAGUUACACUGUGUUUUAUAGUCAUGAUGAAGAUCCUCAUAACAUUAACACUGAAACCUUAGGAGGAAACAUGUUAAGUUACACAGUAGAUGUGUUAGGUGGGGCCACCUAUCAGUUCGACGUCAGAGCUGCAACGAUCAAACCUGGACCAAAUGCAACCUUGUCUGUUACUAUUAAUGAUUAUGGUAGGUGUAAAUUAGAAAAGAUUAUGAUCAAUAGGCCAGUUUUGAUAUGCUAAAAUUCUAACAUAGCUCUGUUGCUAAGGGGAAUAAAACUAAAAAAACUAAUUAUUCAUCUCACAACCUCCAUGUGAUUUUUUUUGUUUUAUUCCCCUCACCCUCGGUGCCAAGUUUGAAUUUUAUUACAUUGAAAAUUGCCUAUUAAAUUCACUUUCAACUUUAAUGUUAUCUGAUCAGUGUAGAUGGUAAGUUAUAUCAAGGUAGACAAAUAGAGAACAGCUGCAUUACAGGAGUGGUACAGGAAGGACUCUCCUUAUCAACUCCAAGUUCUUUCCAAGAUACAUGUAGUAUUGAAGGACUGGUAAACAUGAUUGUAUUCAACAUGAAUGACUACAUACCUAAAAAAAAAAUAAAAAUGUGAUGAAGGGGAAAAGAGGGAAGAAUUACUGAAAUACAAUUUAGAUAAACUUUGAGGAUAAAUUUUUGAUCCAAUGUGAUUCAGAAAUAAUUAUUUAUUAAAUUUUUUCGUUCAAUGACAGACAGCUGACCAUUUAUCUGAAUUGGUAUAUUUUUUUAUUCCCUUUUGUCAGAACCCAGUGUAGCACCAAAUGAUGUGUCUUUCAGUAGACUGAACCAAACAACCUUCAAUAUUUCAUGGUCACCCCUGACAAGAAAAGGGAGUUAUAGCAAAGUUAUCUCAUAUGAGGUCAAGAUAUCAUUGGUGUCGUCUGGAAGUCGACAAAAGAGAUCUCCAGCCAACAGCAAAACUGUUAACACAACAAAAGCAUUUGUUAUCCUGUAUGAUAUUCAGCCUUGUUACAAUGUGUAUGUCCGAGCAUACACUAAAGCUGGCCCUGGACCAUAUGGUCAACCCUUACCUCUGGAAUUGAGUAAGUUUCAUUUUUUUCCCCACAAAUUAAAUGUAGAGCAUGCAAAAUUUUGCUUCAAAGUCAUUAAUUUAGAGUGUAUAGAAGCUUGAUGUUUAGUCUGAUUCAAAAUCACCAGUAAGAGUAAGAAAAGCAAGGCAUUUUGGCUAUCUUUGGUUGUAGCUUAAUUCGGCUAAUAACCAGGAAAUUGAUUAAUUGAAUAGGGGUGAUAUUCAAAAUGCACCCCCUAGUGUACCUAGGGAAACAAGUUGCAAUGUUUCCCAUAAAUUUUUCAUCAUAAAUAGCUGUACAUUUUAACUCAUAAUCACAUUAUUUAAUUUAUUCUUAUUACAACAUGGACUAUUUGUACAAAUAAAAAAAGUACAGAAAAAGUAGGAAAUUAAUAAAAGUGCAUUUACUGAAUACACAAAAGAAGGAACUUACUCUGGAAUCUAAAAAAGCUAUGAUACUUACAUUAUUUUACUUACUAAUAUGACAAAGUACCAGGGGCACCCAACAACCUGAGGGCAACAGACUCUCAGUCAACAGAGAUGACACUGGAAUGGGAAAUACCCCAACCUGCUAUGGGAGAAGAGUGGAAGGUGAUAUUCUUAAUUUUUAAGUCUACUUUCCUGUAAAAACAUGGAUUUUGACAAAUUUUUAAUACAACUCUUUUAAGUUGAGAAUCAGAAACUACUAUUUUUGUGAUUUUUGUAAUUCCUAACUUAGAGUGUUUUUAACGCUUAAACUCUCUAGAUCUCAUUAGUAAUUCUCUUUACUGUCUGCCAUACUAUUCUUAUGAUGUUAGUUUGGAGAAAUUGGUAUUGGAUUAACUAAUAAUCCCCUAAUCAAUAUUUUACUUUAUUCUCAUCACUCCUAUGCUUGACAUUGUAUUGAAAUUGUAAGGAAAAAUUCUGUCUUGAUCAUUCAUGGGAGUUACAGGGUUAAAGGAGCACUGACGGAAAUGACAUCUGUCGUAAUGAAUAUAAUGCAUAAGUGUACUAGAGAACUGGUACCAUCAGUAUGACUACCAUUUAAGAGCAGCUACUGUAAUAGUUACUGCAAUAAGUGAGAGGAGUUAUAUGUACAUGCACAGAUAUAUGUAUAUACAUAAAAUUAGGGUUUUUCGUUUUGUGCUGUGAUCACGAAAAUGCACGUCCACGUGGGAGAUUUUAUUUGUAAAUAAAUUAGUGCAGGUGUGGUAUUUACUGUACCUGCCUUUGACUCAAUUGUUUGAUUGUUAAGGUUGCGUACUCUGGGAAAAAGUCGUACAACAACAGCUUUUCACACGAAGGCAGCAAAGAUGUACAGGGAACAACAAAAUAUACCCUUGAUAAUUUGGUACCAGGUACCAAAUAUGACCUUCGGGUGUAUGGAAUCUCAAAAUGUGGAAACAACGGAUUCUCUUCAUCUUUGGAAGUAGAAACAAAAAUAGGGGGUAAGCAAUAACAUGCAGGUAACCGUUUGACCCCCAAGAGUGACUAACAUCUAAUUUCUCCUUACAAUAUCACUCCUGAAUCACACAAUGUGUUCACAAGAAUAAAGGAAAUGAUCACCUACUUCUGAUUAGGAAUGUAUGGGAUCAGUAUGGAGAAUAUGCAUCUUGAAAUUGAUGUAAAUAUUUUGCGAAUCAUAUUAUUAUAUUUAUUUUAUUCCCAGAGCCAUUGGCUCCAGUUGUACUAUCACUGACCACCAGGAAGGUCGCUGAGUUGCAGGCUGAAAUUGAUCUGUGGCCUGCUGAACAAAGGAAUGGUCCAAUAAGGUGAUGGUUUUAUAGUUUGUGUCACAGAUUAGCUAAAAGCAUAAACUAUUAAUGAUACACUCACCUGAGGAGGAUACAAUUCUUGCUUUCACUGUGCACAUAAUGAUGUUAAUCUUGUGUACAUAGCCCAUGAUAUGAGAAAGAUACAAUGCCUUAAUUAGGUCUUUCGAACUUAAGUUGCAAUACAAGACUGGGUAAAAAUCUCCUUGUUGACUGUAACGUUAACAAAACGCCAGUUCUGCAAUCAACAACAUUUCUGUUUAGGACUAUUCUUCCCAAGACGAUCAGAUCGCACAACUGGCUACUAUAUUGAACACAAACACAUGACUUUGUUGCAAAGUCUUUCGCAAAAGUUCCUAAGUGCUUAACUCAAGUCAUUAAAGACCAUCAAACAACCACCACCUUUCAAUACGGCGAUGACCGCAAUGAUGUUGACCAGAAUUUUGUUCGUUUUCAACAUUUCAGUGCUUAUCAAAUAAUCAUUCUUAAAGUCUCUGAUUGUGUUCAAGAGCUUCCCAAGGAUUUUCAUUUGAAGCUGAAAGAUUUAAACGACGAAAAUUUGAACUUUCAUCCGUUUUACAUCGCUGCGGAAAUCGAAAAUGAUCCUGUGCAUGAGAAAUCUUGGAAAUUUACUGUUGGUGACGGGAAAUCGUAUGGAACUUUUAUCAACAAAGAACUGAGGAAAGGAGGAAACUAUUUUGCCUAUCAAAGAGCAAUAACUCGUUUGAAUGGUGUAAGUAAAUUUGGGUGUUGUUUAAUUGUUCUGUAAUUUAGAGUUGAUAAUCUAAACAUAAUAUCCACUUGAUGAAGAAAAUUAUUUUGGACCAAAGCAUGUUUUUACGUGCAGUCACACUUGCUGUUAGGGAUAAAUCUCACUUCCUUCUAUCAAUGAAUUUUAAGAUGUGUUUGUCACUUUUUGACCAUGUUUGGUUCACUUUUUAGCAAAUUUUGGAAGGAUAUGCCAGUAAAGUGGCCUCGAUAUCUGUCACACCAGGUAUGCGAGUUAACACUCACGUGAGACUUGAAAGUAAUUUCUCUAUCUUUUCAGUUUAGUGGGCUGUUAACUUUCAUGAGAGCUUUGUGACUUGGAGAGAAACUUCCCUUUUGGCAAGAGUCAAUUGUUACAGUUACGCGGGCAAAUUGGAAAAAAGUUAAACUCAAGUAAUGGCAGAUCCUUGUUGAAGUCUGCCACUGUUUCAAAAGUUUGUGCCUGGCCUUAUUUCUCCCCUUCAACUGAAUAAGUUAGGUUUAAAACCUCGGCCACUGCAGAUUACGAAAAGCAAACUAACCUACCACCGUUGUUUUUGUGUUUACUAGAUAAUUCUUAUUCCGGUCUGCAUUUACAUUUGGUCACCUUUCAAUUCUUAUCAUAAUUAUCAUAGAAUAACAUCCUUUUUAGUAGAUUUUUUGUUAUUUUAUUUUCACUUAAAUGUAAAAUUUGUGCAACUUCCAUUGAUGUAAUUAACAAAAGCGCCUUGAUGCUUUCAGCUCUAUGAUGAGAAAGGCCACAAUCUAGAUUAAGGGCAGGUUUUUUGUUCUCGCUUGCUCUUCUAUGAAUUUUAAUGUUUAACUAUUAUUUUCUUUCAAUCUGCAGAGUCACUUAAAUAUACUAAAGAAACCAUAAAGGGAGAUACCAGUGAGUAUUGUGGGGACACAAGAAGCUGGUAUUAAAUUUUUGAUUAAACAGCGCCAAUAAAUCCAUAAUUAAACAGCAUGUUGGAAUAAUCUCGUAAUAAUCAUUUGAAUCCUCUCAAAGCUAUCACUUGAUUCCUUCAUUAUUUUCUCCAAUUUUCAUGGAGACACAGAUUUUCAUAUCUGAUGUAAAUCCCUCCUAUUUUCUAACAGGUGAAUCCCAAGUCUUUCGAGCUGCUGUCAUCGCUCUUUGUUGCAUUGUUUUCUUCUUGCUCAUUGUGAUUGGUGCGCUAAUAUGGCGGUUGAGACGAACUGAGCUUAAUAAAAAAGCAACCACAGUAAACAGUGGUAUCCCCGCCCCAUCUGGUGGUCAUCAAGUGUCAGAGCCUGGUGUUUAUAUGGAACUCCACCCCAGGCCUUCGGAAGGGAAGUCACGUGAACCUCCUGAGUACCAGUCAUUGCAGGACACUCAAGUGACUUCCAAUUAUUACAAUGUGGGAUUCAAGAAAGAAAGGUUAGGGAAGAAAGACGGCGAAAUCUACGAGAAUUCGCACAGUUGAAUACUUUAGUCUCCUCUUGACGCUUGAUAGACCUGAAUUGAAGCCGCCCGUUUAGAUAUGGGUCUGUAAGCCCUACAGACGGUUUGUUAUUGAAGACUUGUUUUAACGAACAUCAGAACGUUCGUAAAAGCCCAACCACAUGAUGAAUUUCCGUAAGAGACUAACUCUAUAAAGAAAUUUCGUGGAAAAAUAGACCGUGUAAUUAAACAAAAAUUUUUAAAAAAUUUUUAUCUUACAAAGUAGUAGUAGUAAUCUUUAAUGAGGAUGCCAACGUCACGAAGUGGUUUACAAAAGGGUUCUCAGAAGAAUACUAAGUUUAGAUUAAGAACCAGUUAAACAUACAAAAAUGUAAAAGUUUAAAAGAGUAUAUACAAUCAUCAAGCAUCAAAUAUAACCAGUUAAAAAUACAGGAAUGUAAAAGAUAAAAAGAAUAUACAAAGGGUAAAAAGCAAAGAAUGUCGUUAAGAAUCAAAGACAACUUUUGACAGGCCACGUUUAAAAGCAGGCAAUGACUCUGCAUUCCUUAAUGAAGUGUCUAAGCCGUUUCAUAUAUCGGCGCUAAAAUUUACUGACGACCAAUGACCCCAUCUUCUUGUGGCACUAGAUUUGCGAAUGUCAUUUCUCGAUCUUGUGUAGUAACUAUGAAAAUCACCAUUGAAUGUGACAGGGAUAGAGUGACAGAAAUGGUUGUUAAUCAAUUUAUACGUAAAAAUACCAUGAUGUUCCUUUGUACGUCGCACUGCAUUAUUAUAGUUAGCCUUUGUUGUGUACCUGAUGACAUUCGCCCACAUAUUAACGGGGCAGGGAAACAUACAAACUUUUAUACAAAUUGUAUGAGUAACGCAUGACAACUGAAUUACCUUAUGUACCGGUAAUCGCUCAUUGUGAAUGAAAUUACAUGCAGCAGAAUGUAGAAAGGAAAAUCUUGAAAUGACUCUGAGUCACUUUUAGCCAUGUUGGUCUUAAGAGGAAACGAUUUACCCCGAAUUGUAGCCUAAGAAUUGGGUAAAAUGUAUGGGAAGUCGAAGAGAUGCUCAGCCAGGAGAACGUCCUCUUUAAAUAGAACAACCAAUUUCAAUACUGUGGUAGGAGUUGAAUAAAGCAAUGCUCCGUUGAAAAUGAUUAUUUUGUCUUUCCACAGUCCAUGUCGGUAUCUUUUCGAACAAAACGAUGCCUCGAAGGAAAAUGUGUGGAUUUUUUUUAUUUAUGUUUCGAGUGAAAGAUUUAUUUUGCCUCUGGAAAAUGUAAGCAAAAAUAGAAAUACCAGUAACAUUAAAUUGCCUUUUUUCCUCUUGAUAGAAAUUCUACGACCAAAUCUUUGAGUCGUUCAAUUGAAAAUAUUAGAUAGUUUUAGAUUUACAACCGCAUCAUGGACUUCAAAUAUUACUAAAGGUCUUGUGACAAGUACCUUCACAACAGUGGCAAAAAUAUAUCGAUGCAAUAUCAGUCUUAUGCCUGAAGCGUGACGUCGUGGACUCGGCUGAUCAAUCACCUGCUUUGUCUCGCCAAUAAAGAAAAUUUUUGACGUCAGCAAAUGACGUUUGCCUUUUUCUUACCAAAAUUAAAUCUAUCAAGUAUGUGCUCCUAUUAUUUGUUUUAACUUGUUGAGGGUGGCUUAAUAAAAACACCUAAACCUUGACUCUGAUAAUUUCUUUUUAAACCGAUCGACCAGUACCCCCCUUUUUGUAUCCCCCCAAGCAAGAUGAAGUAAAGGGAUCGAUUGGAUCGGCCCCCCCCCCCUCCCCGCAAGUGAUUCUGUGCCUUCUUCCCUGAGGCAGAUCAAGCUAUAAAUUCCUGCAGAACAGGGGUAAUUUUUUUCGUUUUCCAAACAAGUGAAAUAAAGAGGGGCUCGCAUGUCCACUUGCCUUGAUGAGCCAAAAAAACCGCCUCUUCUGUAGGUUAACUUCCUGUGCUGUCAAACAACUACUUUCGAACAUUUUCAAACAGUUUUCGGGUCUAACGUAACAUGGUAUGGAACACUGACGAUAUCAGUUAAACCUUACGGUUUCGUAUCUUCUCAGUGGUCCGUUAAUCUGUGUUUUUGUCGUAAAUCUUAGGAAUACAGAGAUUGUAGGGUUGUUUUUGUGAAGGAGUAAGUUUUUUCAAAAUUGAGAUGGAUAAUUAAAUUGGAGGCGAUUGUUUCACAAGAGAUGUGCUGGAAAGAAAAAGAAAAAGAAAAGAAAAGAGGAACAAAGAUGGUCAGUGAAAGUGAUAUUCAGACCGAUUAACUCUCAGGAUCGACAAAGGUAAAGGAGGUAAGUUUCAAAAGAAAUUGUGGUGCUCGGUCGGUAGGGGGUAUAACCUGAUAAUUUGGUUUUAUCAACUGAGUUGGUAAUGUAAAUUGGCCACCGUAAAGAGUUUCUUAAGAGAUUCCCUAUAAACUGUGGCCCUACCUUGUCAAGAUACACAAGUGAAAAAAACAUUCCCACGCGGGACAUUUGAACAUAAGUUUGCCUUUCUAGAUUCUUACAAAAAAGUUAUUUCAAUAAAGAUUAGCUUUAAAUGUUUCAGCACACAAAUUAUGAUUGACAAGUUUAUUUUAUAACCAGUGACGUUCGCACCAAGAAACAAUGAAAAACAAAGAAAUAAUUUAGACUUCCUGUGAUAGUGCAACAGUUGUGGGAAAAACACCAGAGAUUGUUGUAGAAAGUUUUCAAGUCAUUUUUUUUUAUUCGGAAAUUCUUUUGAGAUUUCAUGAUUGCUUCCGUUGAUUUAUGCUUGUAGAUCAUCCCUUUAAAAUAGAGGAAACAGUGAACCCGUACCGUCAACGCGUCGUCUUUCGGCACACUGCUGAAACUCCGGGAAUACAUACCAUAAUGGGUUUAGUCGUAUUUUGGCAGAUACGCUUCAACGGAGAGAAUGAGCUUUUUAAGAUGCAAAAGGUUAUUGAACUGAAACAUCAGGUGUCUGCAACGUUUCAGUGUCUUAAUGAGUUAUGAAGUAACAACAGCGGCGAAAUGUCGGAGUUUGAUUCCGGGCUGUACUUUCGAGUGGCUUUCUUCGCUUUUCUUAUUCCUCUGGGAUCCGGUGAGUUCUCUAUCAUUUGUAAUCUGGGCAUAUGAGUUAAUACCUCAACGAAAUCACAGAUUGUUUUUCGGCAGGGACUCCAUAGAUAUGACAUAAUUAAAUUCCAUUUCAUUGCUGUCAAUUGACAAACUGUCGAGUGCGACCGAAAAAUCCCAUGUGAAUUCAAACAUCUUCUUUAAAGCUGAAACAUCUGACAAGUUAUUUUAUCUUGAGAGAAUGAGUUUGGGAGAAUUGUAGUUGCGAUUUUCAAAUCUAUCUGGCAUAGUAUGAUUUACUUCCUGGUAAGGGGUAAGAGCGUCUCACCGACUGACCUCGUCGCUCGUCUUUUCUUAGUUACGUAAGAGCAUGAUCUUCUCUACUUGGCUUCACGAUGUUUAUGAAGCGGUAGCUUGAGAGAGAUCUGAACUUUUUCGGAACAGAACUAGCUCGCUUCGUUAUCGAUUAAAAUAUGACGGUUUCCUAAUUACACAGUCAUCAUUCUUAGAGAGGCAUAUUUGAAAGCUAUGAUCACAUGAGAAGUAGUUUUAGAAUUUGGACGAUUUCGACUGCCUUCCUAUACUUUACUUAAAACAGUUUCUGCAUCAUAUCGAGCUUUGCUUGAAUUUACGAGCUGUUCGAUUUCUUGAACACAAAGUUGUGUCAUUAUGCAAAUCUGGCGCCUAUUUUAAGUUUCCAUUUUAGUGUGCAAACUAGUUCGAUACAUUUACUGCCAUUUAGCUUCUGCUGAAGGUAUUGGAUAAAUAGACGAUUAUUCAAUAAACCAGCGUGAGCCCAAUCAAAUCAAACCAAUCAACUUCAAGAACAAAGUAAACUGAAAGUUCAAUUAUGUUAAUAAGUUUGUCGUGACUUGGCAUAUCACUGUCGACUAUUGUUUUAACAAAUGAGCAGGCAAACACGGCCAAAGUGGACAACUGUCUGACCAAGCGUUGGAAUGAAGUCGUAUUCAUCACUUUACUCAAACAAUACGCCAUAAGCAAAUAGAAAAUACAGUUCAAGUUAAACAAAGAAUGAACUCAGCUCGCCUCAGACGUAGGUGUUUAAGAGGCGAUCUCUGUAAGAGCGGUCCAAGAUAUUUCGCAUCGGAAAAAAAGUUUUCCCUCAAACUUUGCCCAAUAAACUAUCUUCGUUAGCAAGUAAAUAAAACCCCAUUAGUUUCUGGAAAUACCGCGGUUAAAAUAAAAUUUUUAGAGCUCUCAAAAGUCAAAGCUGCUAAAGGCCCUUUUUGACCUCUUGCGACAUCGAAAAUUUCAAAAGUUGAAUACCCUGGUCCUCGUAUCACAUCGCAUGCAGCAAUAAAUCUCUUGUAUUUUUAAACUGUGUAAUAUGUUAGGUGAAUAAAAAGUAUUUCAAUUUUGAUAUUUGUUUAUUCAGGGGUUCGUCAUAAUUUAUUUAAAAACACUCGUUAGACAGCUCUCUGAAAUUGGUCAAAAGUACUCUUUCCUUCUUGGAUGAUAUUGCUCAAGUCCAGACCAGACCAUUGAAAACUCCGCUUGAUUUCUUCUAAUAAGAUGUUUGGCUGCAGAAAAAUAUAAAAACAUCUUGCACUUAUUAAUUUUGUUCGCUGCAAUAACUUCAAACUUUCAGCGAUUUUGCUAGCGUGACAGCCGAUUAUGCAAAUUAGUUCAUUGAACAAACUCUGACCGUUUUAUAUAAGUAGCUCAAUAAAUCUUAGAUUUUAAGCAUUUUAAGUUGAAAAGAUAGUAGGACAGAGCUCUUAGACUACACCGAUUGAUACUCUAAACAUUUCAAAAGGCCAGAAUUUGACAAAUUUUACCCUCUCGUGACGAAAGACGUCAACAACAAUGCAUCGAAUAUCAUAAUUUGAUUAGCGCUCGCUUAACAUUUUAAUGACAAACUCUUUCUUAAAAAUUUGGCUUCUGCUACUUCAUGCAUAUUUGAGUUCUGACAGGUUACGCUAUUCAAACCUGUAUGAACAUUUCAGAACCAAACUACAGGAUUCUAUUUAGUGUGACCGGCGAUAACAGCACACAUUGAAAUACACCUUGACCAGUGACUCUGUCACGUAAUUCCAUCGUAUAAUUGUCCUGAAUACCUCUCAAGUCCAAGUAAAGCAGCGAUUGCUCGAAUUUCUAGCUGACAGGAACAAAUGAUAUUUGGUCGCCACACCUGUCUGCAUAGCAGUCGCUGUUCAUAACUUUGGAGAGUUCUUGUGAAAAAGGAUAUCGCAUUCGCAUAACGGGUGGACGUCAUAAUUAGACUGCAUUACAACUCCACUCCGAAAUCAUUUCCUCCAUUUUUGCAUGAAGUGUUGUCUUUGUAUCUCGCAUUUUGAAUGCGAGCUCAAAAUGUUCGCACAUGUCUCUUAGUACCUUGACUUUGAGGCUGGGCAACCUUUACCCUCUUGCCAACGAGCACAUAUCAUAGACAGCAAACAUGAUUUGAUUUUUCAGUCCUAUCUCAUCCAUUACUGUGUUCCUGGCCUCCCUCAAACACGAGUACUGCCUGACGUUUUGCGAAAGCCGUACACUUGCACCUCUCUUAUGAAGAGCUCAUCCCACGGGAAGCUGUGAAGCACUUGUCAAGGGUUCUGUGGCCGCUGCAACCAGUUCAGUCGAACCCUCUAAUGACAAUGACUGAAAGUGAUGAACCCACUCCCUCUUCACUUUGCCAUAAAGACUUUCAGUCAUGCUCGCAGACACAGGACUUACAUGAUGAACCACCAAGUUCAUAUGGAGCUCAAGGUCGGAUUCUGUGACGCAGGAUUUUUUUCAACAGGCACCUCACUCUUCGACUGUGCUCUUGCCUUCUUUAUUUGUCUAUCUGAGAGGUUUUCAAAUGGCUGAUGCAUGCGUUUAAGCUCGUUAGCUGAAAAUCUAUCGGCAUAAAUACUCAAUAUUUGAGUCCUAAGUGAUUUUGUGGGAGCAUUCUGAUAGGCGGCCUUAAGGGUUUGAAGGCCAACAUCAAUAGCUGUCUUGCACUUCUCUUCAUGGUCUACGACCGCUUGGAAUAACGCUUUUCCAUCUCUUAGAGCAAUGACAUCGCACACCAGCUGGCACGCUUCCCCAGCUUUUUGUACAAACUCAGAUUUUUCGGGAAAGGAGCAUUUUUCCCUAAAAUCUACUUGGGAUUCCAAAUGUGUAAUCCUGGGCUUUUGUGCAACAUCGGCGAGGCUAUCGAUAUAUGUAUUUAAGACUUGAAUUGGAUCUAUGCUAAAGUUCUGAAUAGAACUGUCUUAAAGACAGGUGUGCAGACAAACUUUCUCUUAUUCCAGCCGACUAGAAUGCUGAUCCAAAAAAUGAUGUUAUCGCUGCUUUAUUUAGAAAGGAGAAGGAUGUACCUCCCCUUGACGCUUGAUUGAUCUAAAUUGGAGCCACCCGGUAAGAUGUGGGUCUGUAAGCCCUAUAGACAGUUUGUUGUUGAAGAUUUGUUUUAACGAACAUCAGAACGUUCGUAAAAGCUAACCACAUGAUGAAUUUUCGUAAGAGACUAACUCUAUAAAGAAAUUUCGUGAAAAACCGACCGUGUAGUGAAACAAAGCAAGAGUUAGGAAAAUAUUUUAUCUUGUAAAUGCAGAAUUGAACGCUUCUACACUGCAUUACUAUACUUAGCCUUUGUUGUGUACCUGAUGAUAUUCGACCAUAUAUUAACGGGGCACGGAAACACACAAACCUUUAUACAAACUGUAGGAGUAACGCAUGACAACUGAAUUACCUGAUGUACUGGUAAUCGCUCAUUAUGAAUGAAAUUACAUGCAGUAGAAUGUAGAAAGGAAAAUUUUGAAAUAACUCUGAGUCACUUUUAGCCAUGUUGCUCUUAAGAGGAAACGAUUUACCCCGAAUUGUGGCCUAAAAAUUGGGUAAAACGUAUGGGAAGUCGAAGAGAUGCUCAGCCAGGAGAACGUGCUCUUUAAAUAGAACAACCAAUUUCAAUACUGUGGUAGGAGUUGAAUAAAGCAAUGCACCGUUGAAAAUGAUUAUUUUGUCUUUCCACGGUCCAUGUCGGUAUCUUUUCGAACCAAACGAUGCCUCGAAGGAAAAUGUGUGGAUUUUUUUUAUUUAUGUUUCGAGUGAAAGAUUUAUUUUGCCUCUGGAAAAUGUAAGAAAAAAUAGAAAUACCAGGAACAUUAAAUCGCCUUUUUUCCCCUUGAUAGAAAUUCUACGACCAAAUCUUUGAGUCGUUCAACUGAAAAUAUUAGAUAGUUUUAGAUUUACAACCGCAUCAUGGACUUCAAAUAUUACUAAAGGUCUUGUGACAAGUACCUUCACAACAGUCGCAAAAAUAUAUCGAUACAAUAUCAGUCUUAUGCCUGAAGCGUGACGUCGUGGACUCGGCUGAUCAAUCACCUGCUUUGUCUCGCCAAUAAAAGAAUAUUUUUGACGUCAGCAAAUGACGUUUGCCUUUUUCUUACCAAAAUUAAAUCUAUCAAGUAUGUGCUCCUAUUAUUUGUUUUAACUUGGUUAGGGUGGCUUAAUAAAAACACCUAAACCUUGACUCUGAUCAUUUCUUUUUAAACCGAUCGACCAGUGCCCCCCUUUUUGUAUCACCCCAAGCAAGAUGAAGUAAAGGGAUCGAUUGGAUCGCCCCCCCCUCCCCGCAAGUGAUUCUGUGCCUUCUUCCCUGAGGCAGAUCAAGCUAUAAAUUCCUGCAGAACAGGGUAAUUUUUUUCGUUUUCCAAACAAGUGAAAUAAAGAGGGGCUCGCGUCUCCACUUGCCUUGAUGAGCCAAAAAAACCGCCUCUUCUGUAGGUUAACUUCCUGUGCUGUCAAACAACUACUUUCGAACAUUUUCAAACAGUUUUCGGGUCUAACGUAACAUGGUAUGGAACACUGACGAUAUCAGUGAAACCUUGCGGUUUCGUAUCUUCUCAGUGGUCCGUUAAUCUGUGUUUUUGUUGUAAAUCUUAGGAAUACAGAGAUUGUAGGGUUGUUUUUGUGAAGGAGUAAGUUUUUUCAAAAUUGAGAUGGAUAAUUAAAUUGGAAGGGAUUGUUUCACAAGAGAUGUGCUGGAAAGAAAAAGAAAAGAAAAGAGGAACAAAGAUGGUCAGUGAAAGUGAUAUUCAGACCGAUUAACUCUCAGGAUCGACAAAGGUAAAGGAGGUAAGUUUCAAAAGAAAUUGUGGUGCUCGGUCGGUAGGGGGUAUAACCUGAUAAUUUGGUUUUGUCAACUGAGUUGAUAAUGUAAAUUGGCCACCGUAAAGAGUUUCUUAAGACAUUCUCUAUAAACUGUGGCCCUACCUUGUCAAGAUACACAAGUGAACAAAACAUUCCCACACAGGACAUUUGAGCAUAAGUUUGCCUUUCUAGAUUCUUACAAAAAAGUUAUUUCAAUAAAGAUUAGCUUUAAAUGUUUCAGCACACAAAUUAUGAUUGACAAGUUUAUUUUAUAACCAGUGACGUUCGCACCAAGAAACAAUGAAAAACAAAGAAAUAAUUUAGACUUCCGGUAAUAGUGCAACAGUUGUGGGAAAAACACCAGAGAUUGUUGUAGAAAGUUUUCAAGUCAUUUUUUUUAUUCGGAAAUUCUUUUGAGAUUUCAUGAUUGUUUCCGUUGAUUUAUGCUUGUAGAUCAUCCUUUUAAAAUAGAGGAACCAGUGAACCCGUACCGUCAACGCGUCGUCUUUCGGCACACUGCUGAAACUCCGGGAAUAUAUACCAUAAUGGGUUUAGUUGUAUUUUGGCAGAUACACUUCAACGGAGAGAAUGAGCUUUUUAAGAUGCAAAAGGUUAUUGAACUGAAACAUCAGGUGUCUGCAACGUUUCAGUGUCUUAAUGAGUUAUGAAGUAACAACAGCGGCGAAAUGUCGGAGUUUGAUUCCGGGCUGUACUUUCGAGUGGCUUUCUUCGCUUUUCUUAUUCCUCUGGGAUCCGGUGAGUUCUCUAUCAUUUGUAAUCUGGGCAUAUGAGUUAAUACCUCAACGAAAUCACAGAUUGUUUUUCGGCAGGGACUCCAUAGAUAUGACAUAAUUAAAUUCCAUUUCAUUGCCGUCAAUUGACAAACUGUCGAGUGCGACCGAAAAAUUCCAUGUGAAUUCAAACAUCUUCUUUAAAGCUGAAACAUCUGACAAGUUAUUUUAUCUUGAGAGAAUGAGUUUGGGAGAAUUGUAGUUGCGAUUUUCAAAUCUAUCUGGCAUAGUAUGAUUUACUUCCUGGUAAGGGGUAAGAGCGUCUCACCGACUGACCUCGUCGCUCGUUUUUUUCUUAGUUACGUAAGAACAUGAUCUUCUCUACUUGGCUUCACGAUGUUUAUGAAGCGGUAGCUUUAGAGAGAUCUGAACUUUUUCGGAACAGAACUAGCUCGCUUCGUUAUCGAUUAAAAUAUGACGGUUUCCUAAUUACACAGUCAUCAUUCUUAGAGAGGCAUAUUCGAAAGCUAUGAUCACAUGAGAAGUAGUUUUAGAAUUUGGACGAUUUCGACUGCCUUCCUAUACUUUACUUAAAACAGUUUCUGCACCAUAUCGAGCUUUGCUUUAAUUUACGAGCUGUCCAAUUUCUUGAACACAAAGUUGUGUCAUUAUGCAAAUCUGGCGCUUAUUUUAAGUUUUCAUUUUAGUGUGCAAACUAGUUCGAUACAUUUACUGCCAUUUAGCUUCUGCUGAAGGUAUUGGAUAAACAUGUAAUGACGAUUAUUCAAUAAACCAGCGUGAGCCAAAUCAAAAAGGCAGAGAACUUCAAGAACAAAGGAAACUGAAAGUUCAAUUAGGUUAAUAAGUUUGUCGUGACUUGGCAUAUCACUGUCGACUAUUGUUUUAACAAAUGAGCAGGCAAACACGGCCAAAGUGGACAACUGUCUGACCAAGCGUUGGAAUGAAGUCGUAUUAAUCACUUUACUCAAACAAUACGCCAUAAGCAAAUAGAAAAUACAGUUCAAGUUAAACAAAGAAUGAACUCAGCUCGCCUCAGACGUAGGUGUUUAAGAGGCGAUCUCUGUAAGAGCGGUCCAAGAUAUUUCGCACCGGAAAAAAGUUUUCCCUCAAACUUUGCCCAAUAAACUAUCUUCGUUAGCAAGUAAAUAAAACCCCAUUAGUUUCUGGAAAUACCGCGGUUAAAAUAAAAUUUUUAGAGCUCUCAAAAGUCAAAGCUGCUAAAGGCCCUUUUUUUACCUCUUGCGACAUCGAAAAUUUCAAAAGUUGAAUACCCUGGUCCUCGUAUCACACCGCAUGCAGCAAAAAAUCUCUUGAAUUUUUAAACUGUGAGAUAUGUUAGGUGAAUAAAAAGUAUUUCAAUUUUGAUAUUUGUUUAUUCAGGGGUUCGUCAUAAUUUAUUUAAAAACACUCGUUAGACAGCUUUCUGAACUUGGUCAAAAGUACUCUUUCCUUCUUGGUUGAUAUUGCUCAAGUCCAGACCAGACCAUUGAAAACUCCGCUUGAUUUCUUCUAAUAAGAUGUUUGGCUGCAGAAAAAUAUAAAAACAUCUUGCACUUAUUAAUUUUGUUCGCCGCGGUGACUUCAAACUUUCAGCGAUUUUGCUAGCGUGACAGCCGAUUAUGCAAAUUAGUUCACUGAACAAACUCCGACCGUUUUAUAUAAGUAGCUCAAUAAAUCUUAGAUUUUAACCAUUUUAAGUUGAAAAGAUAGUAGGACAGAGCUUUUAGACUACACCGAUUGAUACUCUAAACAUUUCAAAAGGCCAGAAUUUGACAAAUUUUACCCUCUCGUGACGAAAGACGUCAACAACAAUGCAUCGAAUAUCAUAAUUUGAUUAGCGCUCGCUUAACAUUUUAAUGACAAACUCUUUCUUAAAAAUUUGGCUUCUGCUACUUCAUACAUAUUUGAGUUCUGACAGGUUAUGCUAUUCAAAUCUGUAUGAACAUUUCAGAACCAAACUACAGGAUUCUAUUCAGUGUAACCGGCGAUAACAGCACAUACUAAAAUACACCGUGAACAGUGACUCUGUCACGUAAUUCAAUUGUGUAAUUAUCCUGAAUUGCUUCUCCUUUCUAAAUAAAGCAGCUAUAACAUCAUUUUUUAGAUCAGCAUUCUAGUCGGCUGGAAUAAGAGAAAGUUUGUCUGCACACCUGUCUUUAAGACAGUUCUAUUCAUAACUUUAGCAUAGAUCCAAUUCAAGUCUUAAAUGCAUAUAUCGAUAGCCUCGCCGAUGUUGCACAAAAGCCCAGGAUUACACAUUUGGAAUCCCAAGUAGAUUGUAGGGAAAAAUGCUCCUUUCCCGAAAAAUCCGAGUUUGUAAAAAAAAGCUGGGGAAGCGUGCCAGCUGGUGUGCGAUGUCAUUGCUCUAAGAGAUGGAAAAGCGUUAUUCCAAGCGGUCGUAGACCAUGAAGAGAAGUGCAAGACAGCUAUUGAUGUUGGCCUUCAAACCCUUAAGGCCGCCUAUUAGAAUGCUCUCACAAAAUCACUUAGGACUCAAAUACUGAGUAUUUAUGCCGAUAGAUUUUCAGCCAACGAGCUUAAACGCAUGCAUCAGCCAUUUGAAAACCUCUCCGAUAGACAAAUAAAGAAGGCAAGAGCACAGGCGAAGAGUGAGGUGCCUGUUGAAAAAAAUCCUGCGUCACAGAAUCCGACCUUGAGCUCCAUAUGAACUUGGUAGUUCAUCAUGUCAGUCCUGUGUCUGCGAGCAUGACUGAAAGUCUUUAUGGCAAAGUGAAGAGGGAGUGGGUUCAUCACUUUCAGUCAUAAUCAUUAGAGGGUUCGACUGAACUGGUUGCAGCGGCCACAGAACCCUUGACAAGUGCUUCACAGCUUCCCAUGGGAUGAGCUCUUCAUAAGAGAGGUGCAAAUGUACGGCUUUCGCAAAACGUCAGGCAGUACUCGUGUUUGAGGGAGGCCAGGAGCACAGUAAUGGAUGAGAUAGGACUGAAAAAUCCAAUAAUGUUUGCUGUCUAUGAUGUGUGCUCGUUGGCAAGAGGGUGAAGGUUGCCCAGCCUCAAAGUCAAGGUACUAAGAGACAUGUACAAACAUUUUGAGCUCGCAUUCAAAAUGCGAGAUACAAAGACAACACUUCUUGCAAAAACGGAGGAAAUGAUUUCGGAGUGGAGUUGUAAUGCAGUCUAAUCAUGCGAAUGCGAUAUCCUUUUUCACAAGAACUCUCCAAAGUUAUGAACAGCGACUGCUAUGCAGACAGGUGUGACGACCAAAUAUCAUUUGUUCCUGUCAGCUAGAAAUUCGAGCAAUCGCUGCUUUACUUGGACUUGAGAGGUAUUCAGGACAAUUAUACGAUGGAAUUACGUGAUAGAGUCACUGGUCAAGGUGUAUUUCAAUGUGUGCUGUUAUCGCCGGUUACACUAAAUAGAAUCCUGUAGUUUGGUUCUGAAAUGUUCAUACAGGUUUGAAAAGCGUAACCUGUCAGAACUCAAAUAUGCAUGAACUAGCAGAAGCCAAAUUUUUAAGAAAGAGUUUGCCAUUAAAAUGUUAAGCGAGCGCUAAUCAAAUUAUGAUAUUCGAUGAUUGUUGUUGACGUCUUUCGUCACGAGAGGGUAAAAUUUGUCAAAUUCUGGCCUUUUGAAAUGUUUAGAGUAUCAAUCGGUGUAGUCUAAAAGCUCUGUCCUACUAUCUCUUCAACUUAAAAUGGUUAAAAUCUAAGAUUUAUUGAGCUACUUAUAUAAAAUGGUCGGAGUUUGUUCAGUGAACUAAUUUGCAUAAUCGGCUGUCACGCUAGCAAAAUCGCUGAAAGUUUGAAGUCACCGCGGCGAACAAAAUUAAUAAGUGCAAGAUGUUUUUAUAUUUUUCUGCAGCCAAACAUCUUAUUGGAAGAAAUCAAGCGGAGUUUUCAACGGUCUGGUCUGGACUUGAGCAAUAUCAACCAAGAAGGAAAGAGUACUUUUGACCAAGUUCAGAAAGCUGUCUAACGAGUGUUUUUAAAUAAAUUAUGACGAACCCCUGAAUAAACAAAUAUCAAAAUUGAAAUACUUUUUAUUCACCUAACAUAUCACACAGUUUAAAAAUACAAGAGAUUUAUUGCUGCAUGCGGUGCGAUACGAGGACCAGGGUAUUCAAAUUUUGAAAUUUUCGAUGUGUCGCAAGAGGUAAAAAAAGGGCCUUUAGCAGCUUUGACUUUUGAGAGCUCUAAAAAUUUUAUUUUAACGUAUUUCCAGAACCUAAUGUGGUUUUAUUUACUUGCUACCAAAGAUAGUUUAUCGGGCAAAGUUUGAGGGAAAACUUUUUUCCGAUGCGAAAUACCUUGGACCGCUCUUACAGAGAUCGCCUCUUAAGUAUUCGGUGUAUAUUCAUGAAACUCGGCACGAAACAACUACUAAAUAAACAAUCAUAAUGUGUUAAUAGACAUUUCAUUCGUCUUAACUCAUAGAAUUUUCUUCAACGCCGAAAAACUUAGAUUAGCAGAGACCUUUCAUGAAAAUCCCGAGUCAAGGUAUAGCUCUGAAACAACCUUUAAGACCAGACCAAGAAAAAGCGUUUCGGGUUUAAGUGACGUGUUGCAAAGAGAAUCACAAAAAGUAUCUCUAUAGAUGUUCUGAAGGCAUAACGAGAAUUUGCAAUGUAAAGUGAAAUUUUGAAAUGUGUCCAAUUGCAAAUGGUCUGAAAGUGUACUAGUGUCAGUAAAUAAUUGGACACACUCCAUCCGUCCACUCCGUUGGUCCAAUUGAUGAUGUCAUCGUUAAAUUUAUCAUGUUAAAUCUGCUCUAUGGAGUUUUAUUAACGACCGGUUAAACGACAGAGUGUUACUAGAACAAUUCCUGAGACCAGAUGGUAGUCGUUACACUAAGGGUCUGUUUACAUGAAAUUGGGUGAAAUCUCAGGUAAUUAAGGUAACCCACCUAGCCGUGGUCAAAAAUUAAUCCGCCUUUACACACAAUCCUACGGCCCCGGAAUCCCUGGGUGAGGUCGCGAUGCCACAACUAUAAACUGGGAUCAUUUACACUCCUUUCACGGUUCACGAUGAGCAAAUGAAAACAGGAUUUAGCCCAUGGAAUUUGGGAAUAAAUGACUACAAAGUGCACUCGCACUACGGAGUUUACCUUUGUUAGCCUUUGAAAAAUAUCCUGGUAGUACGAUUACAAAUUACUCACAAAACCAUAUGGCUACCUAUUUAAUGAUCACGUGACUAACUUUGCACGCUGGGUUAUUUUCCCACCAAAACCCAAGGUCGUGGCAUGGUUACUAAGCAUGCCAUAGUCGACAUGGAGGACAGUAAUCUCACUUUUAGACCAAGUUACUACGUGUGUUCUAUAACUAAAACGAUCAUAAAACACCAAGGUAUCCAGGUAAAUAACUAACUUAUUUUUCGGGCUGAACAUGUCCUGUAGAAAUAGUAUCGAUGAUAGAAAUGUCGUACGAUAUAGUUGUUGUUGUUUUGUUUGUGAAGCAAAUGACCUCAAUUUCUGGGGAUAUCAAGAUUUUCAUGUCCGUAUAAAGCACAAAUCAGAAGAGUCAGAACCUUGUUAGAAAUGUAUAUCUUAGCAGGAGCAAUGAAGCAAAUGAAUUUUCUUGCAAUCAAAAACUCAAAACGAAAUCUACCCACGACUAUUCAUUUAGCUUUACUUAGUUUGGUUUAAUGUUUAAUUUUAUAAUUUUCUGUUUUAUCUGUUAACUUUCUAAUAGGGGUAUGUAUCGAUUUGGAUCUUGGUUUGGAAAAUGAGAGAAUUUCAGAUGGUAACAUAACCGCUUCUUCGGUACAAAAUGCCAACACACCAGCCAAGAAUGGUAGACUGAAUUACACAUCAGGAUCAUCAUGGUGUGCAGGAACGAGUGACACCAACCCAUAUCUACAGAUUGAUCUACAGACUCUUCAUAUCAUCUGUGCUGUCUCUACUCAAGGAAAUUCUCAAGCAGAUCAGUGGGUGAAGACCUACACUCUACAAUUAUCCAUAAAUGGGACAACUUGGACAGACUAUAAGGAAGGUGGACAAGUUAAGGUGCAAUGUUUUUCUGAGUAAUAAGAAUUUGAGUACAAAAAUACAACUUGUUUACAUGUAUUUCAUGUAAUAACAAAUACAUGGACAUUUUGCUUACAAAUCAGUAUUUUUUGUUCUAACAUAAUCUCAUUUUUUCUUAACCUUAAGUCACCAAUUUACUUGAAGCCUACAGUAAUUUUCAUCAUGUAUCUGUAAUAUUAUUUAAUGUUAUAACUUUUUAAAAUCUUAGGUCUUCAUGGGAAAUGGUGACAGAAACUCAGUGGUGAAGCAAGUUGUUUAUGGACUACUGACAAGAUAUGUGCGUUUCCUGCCACAAACUUACCAGGGUUUGGUGUGUAUGAGAACAGAGGUGUUUGGAGUGAAACAAAAGCCAGGUAUAUGUGCAGGCAUGAUAAUAUUACAUAACCAAAGGAGGUUCAAUAUAUACAUUUAUCAUAUUGCUGGCAGUGCAUGUGGGCAAUAUGAAGUAAAUCCUGUGUUCUGAUUGGCUAUCUGAGCUCAUCUUGCUUGCUUAAGAUUGCCCUCCUUGAUCCUGUGCAAGAAAAAGUGGACUUACAAAGUUAAUAACUUUUGCAUAAUGCCAGUGAUAAAGUUGCAAAAGAGGCAGAACAUAGUCAAAACAGAAAAAACCUAAGCAACAUUUUUGGGUUUAUUAUGCUAUAAAGACAGUUAGCUUCCUUCCCUGGCUCUCGAAAUUAACAUGUCAUUCUUGAUUCUUAUGAAAGCAAAAUGUUUAGCUAUAUAAUAAAUCCCUUAUUGACCAAACUUGUUUAGGUAAGAUGGCUGAUUAUUGACUUGGUUACUUUUUCUAUUUUUGUGGACCUUGACUUUGUCUCUGUAAACAAAAUUAUGGAAAAAGGAACUUGGUUGGUAUACAGCCAUCUUGACCUCACGCUUGGUCAAUAACCCAUUUAUAUAUUAUGUAGGUUUUAUAUUCUGGUAUUCUUUGAUACUUCUUGAAAAGAUUUGCCUGCUUAGCAAGUUCACUGUUCAAAAUUAAGUUUCUUUGAGAUUAUCUUUGUGGAAGGUUUUGUCAGUGCUAAGUGAAAUAUAGACAAACAAAGGCUUGACAAAUUGUAGUAUGUUGCAAUUGUUAAAUCAACUGAAUAACUAGGCAAAAGGUAGUCAUUUUAUAACAGAAGUGAGGAAAUGAUAGAAAUAGCUUUAAUCUGAAAUGGGUAAUUCAUAAGCUAUUGCAGGAUUGAACUCUAACAUGAAACUAAUUGGCACAAAUAUCUCCUACAUGACACUAUUUGGUUCAGAGUAGUGCAGGUACAGUACAACUACAGAUAACAAAAAAGGUGUGGAAGGAAAGCCAAGAAUUUUGGAAAAUAACUACACAACUAUUUUUCUUUUGUUAUACAAUCUCUUGAGUGGAACCACUCUGUUGCAAUCAUGGUAAGUUUUUCCUGGCCCAUGUGGUAACAUUUUCUUCAAUAUUUGUUCACAGAGAACCUUGCCCUGAGGAAGGCUACAGCUCAGUCUUCAACAUUCAACAAUACUGCUGACAAUGUUUAUGGUGUGUCUGGAAAUGCAGUGGAUGGAAAUCCUGACACUAACUUUUUAAAAGGGAGCUGUUCACAUACAACAAAAGAAAACCCCAGUUGGUGGAGAGUGGACCUGGGUUCAGACCAUGUUGAUGUCUCUGAAGUUCAUAUAGUCAACAGGUUCUCACAGCAUGUGGUUACUGAAGACUACAAAAUAACAUUUGGUGAGUUUUGUUAUCCUUUAAUUGAAUGUAAGGUCAACCAUGCAUACAUCACCUUAUAAUCAGCUGCUAAACAACAGGCCAGUUUGGAUGUUACAGGAAUUUCUGAAACCUUGGCUAAGCUGUAUUGACCUUGUUAUUAAUCAGCCCAGAUGUUUUUUACUUGUCAUUGCUCAGUCAAUACAAGACCUCAGUUUAAGAUUUUCUCUCAAGGUCUAUUCUUUUACAUGUACAUGUAAAUGGGACUGGAGUAGUCUGGAACCAGGGUACUCAAGUGUCAUCAUUUGUCUACACUGUACCUUCACAUGGGACACUCAGAAGUUGACCUCCAGUAAUAAUUUUUUUACCUGGCCACUCUGUUAAGGCUAUUAUGACACUUAGAAAAUUAAUGCGAUUAAAUCCUUGUUUUGGCAGUUUUAAUUUCUUUUUUAUAUGCCUAAUAACAUUUCCAGGAUGUUUACUUUGUUAAAGAAUCUAUUACAAAUUGAUCAUGUUUGCCACAUGGAACCAAACUCUGCUAGUAAUUCUGACUUUCAGUGCCUCAUAAUCUGCAGGUGGCUCUGAUGAUGUGUCACUUAACCCCCCCUGUGGAGGACUCUAUGAUUUUCAUAACUUCACUGCAUCAGCUGUUUGUUUUACCAAUCCACUGAAAACUGGUAGAUAUGUAGGGAUUUCAACCACAAAGAAACAAAGUCUUCAGCUUUGUGAGGUAGAAGUCUAUUCACGAGGUAACUUUUCACUUACUCUUUAUACUAAACUUAAUGUAGUUGUGAAGUCACUUUUCCUCUUUUAAAAAUCUACUCAUCCAAGACUUUUUAUGUAUCUCAAAACAUAUACAUAUUCAUGUAGGUUGAACAUACUUAUGUUAGCAUGUUUAAUGUACAAACUGUAUUUACCAUAAUUACUACAGCCAAAAGUAACAUUGAAUUUUAAGUUGCACAAAAGCCUUGAAAAGUACAUAUGAUUUUAUAAUUACAUUGAUAAACAAUUGAAUGUAAUCAAAAGUAGAUAAAUCGACAAGUGCCAUUGGAAUAUGUUCUUGUAGAGUGGAUAAAUCGAGACUCUUGUUUAAUCUCACAGAAACCCUUUAACCAUAAAGAUCUUAAAAAAGUUUUGUUGGGAAUUAUUUUACAGUCAUGCUUGUAAAAAAUGUCUUUUGAUAAGUAAUUUAAAUAUAGGUUUAUUUUCUAUUUGAAUAUAUGUAUAUUACAACACUUUUCCUUUCUUGAUAUUUGGGUCUUAAAACUUACCUUUGGUCUGUUGCCUUAAUAUUACAGUAUCUAAGAAUAGUACAAUUUAUCUUCUAGUAUGUCAGCAAUUUUAAAUCUUCAAUUGUACAAUCAAUCAAGCAAUAUAAGUAUGUCUCUCUAUUAAUUUACCUGUUAAGGAUGACCAGUAGAAUUUAUAUAGUAGUACAUUGUAGCUUAAGAAUUGAGUAAAAUGCCAUAAUUACAAUGGAGGUAUACUUUACAUUUCAAAAUUUACACAUACACCUGUACAUGAUUUUUUCUUAUAUCAAAGUUAUUACAGUUUGGUGUCCUUUGCUUUCCAGCAAAGCUGGUACAUCUGUAGGCUGCCCAAAAUGUAAUAUCUACCAUCAACCAGUUUUUUAAAAAUACCCUUUGUUUUAAUUUUUCUAUAUAAUGUACAGUGUAACAAACAUAUUCAAUACAACUCAAUGCAAUUGUCAUUCUAUGAUCAGUAUGUGGACAGCAAUCAUCUUUGUCUAAGGAAACUUUUAUUUUUUUGUGUGUGUGUACAUUUUCUACUAGAAAAUCUGGCAUUUCAAAAGCCAACAUAUCAGCACACAGAGACAUUAGUAAAUGGCACAAGUGAUAGAGCGGUUGAUGGAAAUAGCAAUAUGGACCUUUGGGGUGGUUCAUGUUCAUUUGUGCAAGACAAUCCAUUUCCAUGGUGGAGAGUGGAUCUAGGACAAGAUGAGAUUGUGACUGAAGUGUAUGUAGUCGGUUUACUUGAUGUAGAUCGUCUGAGAAAAUUUGAGAUCAGAGUUGGUAGGUUAAUAAUCUUACAGUAAUGGUUAUUUUUGAAGUGGUCAAUGCACUCUUAGCUUAAUGUCCUCAGGAAAAGAGGGGAAAAUGAUGUGCUGUGGUUUCCAGCUUUGACAAAAGCUGGAUUGGACUAGGUUGGAUCAUGGUCAGGAUCAGGGAUCAGAUCAUGGGUUGCAUCACAGACCAAACAAAAAAGGUUUCAAAAAAAUAACCAAAAAAAAAAAAAAGUAUAUAUAUAUAUAUAGAUAGAGAGAGAGAGAGAGUCUAUCUAGUGCUAAAUGCUAUGGUAGCAGAGCUAAGUAUACAUAAGUUAAAGAAUUAAAGAAGACGCAUCAAUUCUCUGUCUGAAUCAAUGCAUCCUCUUUAAUUCUUUAACUUAUGUAUAUAUAACUGUUUUUAAAAUAAUAAUAAAUAAAAAUAGGAAUGAAAAACUAAAACAUGUUAAUUUAACUUAGAAAUGUUACAUGACAAGCCAAAAUGAAAUCUGCAUGACAUAAAAAAUUGCUUUACAUAAAUUGUACACAUGCAUUUAAGCUGUCAUAUUUAAACCAUUCUUACUCCUUGACACAGCUGUGAAAGUGACUACAUGGAGUUUUGGAGCAAAAAACUUCCAGUGGGGCCUACGCUCCAUUAUGUCAGGCAGACUUUUACUUUGAGGUAAUUUGGUAUUAUUAAUGAGUUGAUAACAUAAAUUGGCCUCUGUUAAUAUUUCAGAAGCUGAUGUUUCAAGUGUUAGCCCUUUGUCAAAGGGAAACAUUCCUUUGUCAUUCACUCUGACAAAAAGCGAACGCUGAAAAUGUCAUCUUUUAAAAUCUAAACGAUGGCCAAUUUAUUUACAUUAUCAACUCAGUUGAUAAUACCAGUUUACCUAGUCAUAUUCUCCCACCAACACAGCACCAUGGUUUCUUCAGAGACUUAGCCCCUUAUUCAUUUAAUCUCAAAUUUUAUUUAUUAUUAUUUCAAUAACAAUUUGAUUUUUUUAAUUUUUCAAAACUUUUUUUUCUGAUCCAUGAUCCGAUCCGAUCUGGUCCUAGUUUUGUCAAUGCUGUUGUAGUUUCCACAUUCUUGUCAACCCUCAGCCACAGCUAUUUCUGCAUGAACAUGCAUCAUCUAAUUGCUGUUAGGUUUAGAUGUUGGUGUUUUGAUUUGACAGUUGUACACAUAGAUACCCUUACACGGUUAUGCUCUGCUGAUUCCUGUUUACCAAAAGGAACUGAGUUUUAGCUUCAGGUAAUUGAAAAACAUUGCCAUUUUGCUGAGUGGGGUGGCUGGCUGUGCUCGUUUAACUUUCUUUUCAAGUUGGAUGCAUGAUUAUGUUCAUUGGCUAAAAUCAUAAGUUUUUUAUUGUUCCACAUGAUUUAACAAUAAAUGUGUAACAUGAGUCUGAGAAAUGGUACAGAUGUAAAUAUGUCCUAUUUUUUAAUUUAAUGUAAUACUUUAUAGUCCAUUUUUAUCCUUUUGAUUGAAAUCACUUAUACAUUUACCAGUGUUUGAACGAAGUAUAGCUUAUGAAAGUUUUUCUCCAUGCAAAUUAGUCAUGUUUUCUUGUCACUUGACAUAUUGUCUUCACUGAGUUUUGUGGCCUGUACACAGUUUCCCUGAUUAAACUCAGUGACAAUGAAAUGGCUGCUGCCAAAUGACAAAAGGGAAGAAUCUUAAUAAUUUGAAGAAACAGGAGCAGUUUUGAUAGUUAAGGGGCUACAUUGAAAUUUUAGUGGAAGCUCCGUCUUGAUGAUGUGUAAAAUAACUGCCAGACAAUCAUGAGUAUUGGCAAGGACUAGCUUAUUACAAAUAAUAAUACUAAUAGCAGUAUCUAUUUCUGGUAAUUUGCUUGUAUUAUUGAGCACCAUGCCCUUACUAUGCAUAACUUUUGAGUCAGUCUAGCCUACGCACUAGAAAAAAAGCAGCUUUUAUUAAGGCAAGGCUCACCAGGGAGGUAAAUCUUGUUUGUUUUGAAAGUGGAUAGUAUUUGAUCAGUAUAUGUCUUAUUUUGCAGUCAUCUCUUUUAAGUUGUUUGUACUUUUUAACAGUGAUUUAUAAUUUAUGGUAUUCUUUCAGGCACAGUAUCAAGUAUUACUGAUACUAGUAUGGCUAGUCCCAAAUGUGGUCGGGCAGCUACUCAUAACCUUCCUAAAGGAGUAGGUUUGUCAUUCUUCUGCCAUCCUAGUUUGAAAGGAAGAUAUGUCACCAUCAGGGAUGUUAGGGGAGGUAAAACGGGAUUCAAUCUUUGUGAAGUUGAAGUGUAUUCAGAACAAAGAGGUAUGGCGUAUCUGGAUAUUUUGAAGAACUACUAUUAA